AGCCUAGCCCAAAAUGGCCGAAGAAGUGACUUACGCUGACCUGAAGUUCAUGACUCUGAAGCAGACCAAGAAGCAGGAGGAGAAACAGGGAGCCGGCGGCAAAGCCUCUCCACCGGUCUCCCACCACUGGCGACUGGCGACUGUGACUCUUGGCAUCUUCUGCCUGGCCCUACUGGGAGCUUCUGGAGCUCUGGGAUUCAAAGUUUUGCAGGUGUACCAAGUAAUGAGAAGACAAAAUGAAAACCUGACCCAGCAAAGGGAGAUGGUAGAAAAUCUAUUCACAACGCUGAGCGUUCUCCAGGACCGGAAUCUAAAUCUUUCAGAGACCCUGCAGCAGUUGUCAAACAAUGGAGGCCAUCGGUGCAGCCCUUGCCCUGAGAGGUGGCUACAGCGAGGGGAGAACUGCUACUACUUCUCGACCAAGUGGAACUCCUGGGAAGAAAGCAAAGCGCAGUGUGCGACACUCAACUCCAGGCUUCUUAAAAUAGAGAGUAAGGAAGAGCUGGUUUAAAAUCCCUGAAGACGGCUCCAGU